AUGGAGAGGAGACGUGCGUUUGUUCUUCUCUGUUUUAUUUGCGUUUUUAUAGUGUGUCCAGCAUCGUUUAGUGCGGUCUCGCGAGACAUUUCUUUUCCAGAUUUGUCGCCUUACAAUUCUGUUCAUGGCCCCGAACAAAUACACAUCGCUUAUGGAAAUUCUGCGAGCGAGAUGACAGUUAUGUGGUCAACGUCUUCUGUCCAGGAGCUUUCUAGUUCGUUUGUUCUCUAUGGUUUAGCGCCAAAGAACUAUUCUUUGAAAGCCGAAGGCAAAUUUGCCUUGUUCACGGAAGGUAACCCUGAUGGACUGCAUUAUAUACAUCGUGUUGUCCUUCAGGUAAGCACUUCCCGCAUUUUAUUUAGUUAGCUCCGUUUUAGAAUCGAACUUUUAUGAAAGGUUCUUAUGUAACCCUGUAACGAAACUGGUUUGGGCUUGGCAGUCUGAGAUCUCCAAAAACCAAAUAGUUGCUGAGUCAUAAGUUACGAUUAGUCAGCGAUCCUUAAUCUUCGUAAUACGACGCUAUCGCCUUUAGUUUUUCUUCUGCCUAGACGAAAAGAGAGCUCUAUACAAUGUCAAUACCAGUAAAGCAAGUUUGGAAUUAUCAUAUGUAAAUGAUUGGGGUUUAAUAUUCCACCUGAAAGUAGAUUCAUGCGAUGAAAUACAACAGAACACUGUAAACAUAAUUUUAUACUGUAGUUUAGUUUAGUUCACCACAGAAAAUAAAAGACCAGAAUACAGAAACUACACAAAAGCAAUGAGGUGAGGAAGCCCAAAAAGAAACCAUACGACUUAACCCAUUCGCUCCUGGAGAUUUUGCCGAAAAACGCGUUUUGAAGCUAGUCGAGUGGUUUUCUGGUCACUGUCGUGCUAUAAAGAGCUAAAACUUACCACAAACCGGUUUACAGGUCGUACACUUGGCGGCCUUCUGAUCCAGAUGCAAAAUAUCAGCUUGCGAAGUUCGGGCAUGCGCAGAAAGCAAAAUUUUGGGUUUAAAAGUGACAGAGCAGUCUUGACUUUUACUUUUCGCUUUCUCUCCUCCCUUCUUUUUUCGCUUUUCUUGCCUCAUUUUUUUUUCUCUUGCUGGGCAUUUAGUAGGCUUCAUUUUGGUGGGAAGAGUUUUUAGGAAAGCUUUUAGGAUCUUAGGAUUAGGUGAAAGGAAAGGUAGGUGGGUAAUGGAACAAGAUUUUCAUGGAGAUUUUCAGGUCCUUGUCACGUGGUUUUUUGCUUCUUUCUCCGGUGUCCUUGACUAAAUUGUGCUCAUUCUGGUAUGGUUUGAAAGAUAUCUUCACUCUGCACACGUGUGUGAAGAAAGUUGUCCUUGACCGUUAAAACUGAUGGCGUCACAAAGGGUAGAAAGGACCUGGAUCCGCACGGGCGGUUACGGGCGGUUCAGGGGCGAAUGGGUUAAAGAUACUGGGCUCCCUCAGAGUAUAAAAGUUUAAGUUUACGUUACAAGGCCAGGAUGGAGUGUAUACAAAGUAAUAACAAAAAAAAUGACAUUGAUAAAAGGUGGAUAACUAACAGUAGGAGGUGUUGUAUUACUUAAAGGUUAAUAGGCCGAGUGGACCACCCAGCAUGAGCAUAAGUAUAGGGUGGUCCAUGUACUACAGAUAUGCUUUUCCCAGGCGUAGUCAAUCAAUAGAAAUCGAUUUUAGAAAUCAAUCAAUAUAAUAGAUAUUAAUCAAUAUCAUCUGCAAAUUGUUAUAGAUUGAUAUAAAAGUCACAGAAAAACAAAUAAUGUUAUUGAUUGUUACCGUUUGACAAAAGUAAUCGAUUACAAACAAUAGUGUAAAGGAAAUGAAAGGAUUAUGUAGAUCAGAUAUUCUGAGCAUGAUGUGUGCUAUUUGGUAAACUACACUGACACCUACCCCUUUGCUUUUCCCGUGAGAUUCUUAGGUCCACAUUUGCACACAAAUGUAAAACUAAGUAGCCAAAAGAUCAAGGACCAUUUUCAUCAAGUCCCGAUAGCAUUUUGGCUCAAAGCCAAAUUUGGCCCAAAGCCAAAAAAAUCUAAAAAAUAAAAGCAUAGGUCCUUGGGUCCAAGCUAACAAACCAGUUCAAGUUGCUAGUUAACUGAUAGGUUUUUUGAACGUAAACACAGCAGUUUUACCAGGGAUCUAACCUGCGAUCAGGCGUUUUAUUGGGGGGAAGGGAUAAAAAAGAACGCCUGAUACAUUUUCUUCACCAGUGGUCUGCUGCCUCCUAAUUAAGGCAUCUGUCAACAUUUGUGUUAUAUGUCAGAUUUUAGGGGAAUUUCAAGCAGUUUGCAAUGAAGGCAGCUUAAAUGGAAAUGUAUUUUAUUAUCUACUUUCCAGGCAAGCGGUGAAUGUUAAGUUGAUAGGGUAGUCGUUAGUGAAAACCUCACAGAUUUUAAAGACCAGUUUAGCACAUCCUUGGAGACCCAGGGCAGAUAAAGGGGGCGAGGGAAAGUCUAAACGGGCGGAGAAAUACGGCACGAAGAAAAGUAAAGAACGGCGAGAAGAGCCUCUGGGGACAAUGUCUUACCAGACCAGUUCCAAACGGUCGCCGCCAUUCUGGCUUCUGAUUGGUGCCAGAAAACUUGUGUUUUUCUGGCACCAAUCAGAAGCCAGAACAGUGGCGACCAUUUGGAACUGGUCUGGUAAGACAUUGUCCCCAGGGGCUCUUCUCGCCGUUCUUUACUUUUCUUCAUGCCAUAUUUUUCCACCCGUUUAGACUUUCCCUCGCCCCCAUUAUCUGCCCCUGGGUCUCCGAGGAUGAAUUUAGCACUGCUGUCAUUGCAAAUCUUGCCUAACCGUUGGUGUGUGGUACCUUUCAGGUUUGGCAGGUGUUAAAAGGGGAAGGGGAAGGGGAAGGGGGAAUAGGCCAUUUGCACUAAGAAGUCAUGUGACAUCGUUUUUAUGAAAAUGAAAGUUAAAUGAUUUUGCCUACGAAAAACGAUUAGUGGGUCAUAUCUUAAACAAAAUAAUAGUGAUUCGGUUUUUCAAACCCACACCAUUUUCUUAAAAUGGGUAAGUUCAUAGCUGUUCAUGUGACCAAAAUGUGAUUUUUAAAAUUAUGAAUUACCUCUUUCUGAACACAAAUUUUGCACUUAAACUUGAAGGAAAAUGUUGAAAAGACGAUGUGGUAACGUUUACAGCACAUCUGAGCGUAACUAUCAAACGUUUGACAAGAUAUAAGCAAAAAGUAGUUUUGGAUGCCAUGUUGGCGGGCAAGAGCAUGCCCUCCAACAUGGUGGCCAAUACAAAUCUUACUACUUUCAAUUGUUGAAAACUCAAAGUGCCAUAAAAUAUCUCCCUUAAAUGCGUUUCCUCUCAAAUUUCAGCUGUGAGAUAAUUUUUAUGUGCUCUGUCAAUUUUUUGCAUCAGCAAGAUUCCAACUCAUUGUUUAAAGGAAGCAUUGGUCACAUGACCUCUUAGUGCAAGAGGCCUAUUUUGGCAUGCGAAGGAGAGAGGAAAGGAAUGCCUGCAAGGAGACCAUUGUUUUCUCCAUUUUCCACGUUCAGAUUCUGAGCAUGAAAAUAGUGAUUGGUUGGUCAGAAUUAAUUAAAUGUCAAUCUUCGACCUUUUUCCGAUUGGUUGAAAACAACAUCACGCCAUUUGAGUAACUAAACAUAUGUUGUUAGUGAAGCGUGAUGAGAUUUCUCUCUGGGAAUUCAUCGUUAGAAGGCAUCAAUAGCUUGAAAGGAGAAUAGCAAAAAGCAGUUAAAGAACCCUAUGAAGGAAAAUUAGGGCUGUCAGCAGAUGAGUUUUACUGACUGGUUUUGAAAAGUAUCAUCUCCCAACAGCUUGUCAGUUUUAUUUGCCAGAAGAAAGAAAGGAAAUAUCAUCCUGCCUGUGUGCUUGUUAUCUGCUGUUUGACCCGCAUUAUCAAUGGCAAAAUUAUUGAAGAUGAAGCUAUCUAUAACCUUUGGCGAUUUUUGGUUGAGGUCUUCUUCUUGCUGGUUAUAAAACCGCCAGGAACUUACUUUAAUAAUUAAUUGCUGCCUUCUUGCAAAUCUUCGAAGUUCAGCUCUUCUUUCCCCACUUCCAGCAUUCUUUUGUGCAAUCGUCCUGAUAGAAAUUCAAAAAGUGACGGCAAAGUGUUUUAAUUUUUCUUAGACAAACAUUUCAUUGAAAGUUGCGAAGAGCCACUUCAUUUCUUAUUAAAUAGUUUUCCUGCCUGAUUCCUUCAGCAACAACUUGAAUAGAUUUAUGCUGGAUUUUAUGUAACUCGGCAUGUGUCGUUGCAACUUUCAAGGAAGAUUCCUUCAAUGGACGACCGCAUUUGAACUUUUUUAUAGUACCUUCACUUUAGAUUUCUUGUUUUAGGAAAACAAAAGAAAAACAGUGCGAGAAAUACGACUAGAAUACGUGCAUCGCGGCCAGACUUAUUUGACAGCUUGUCAUUCACAGUUGCCUUAUUUUUCCAUUAUUUUUGUUAUUUUUUUAAAUUAGUGAGCAGGAUGGUGGCAACAAUGGCUUCCUUAGAGGCAUUCCCCUUCUUCCUCCUCCCUCAUGCACGGUCUCGCGCCUUAAGUCCCUUCCCUUUCGAACGCCUGCCAUGCAAGCUAGUUCAAACCUUCAAGCCAAACAAAUUUUAAUUCAUUGAAAACAAUAGUGGGACAACAGAAUUCUGUAUUUUACUGGAAGCAGGAACAAAUCUUUUAUGGUCUUUCAAAAGUGCAGGGGUAAAAUCAUCAGUAAUUAUUGGCUUACACAGCUGAAAUCGAUCGGGAAUGAGCAGGAAAAUCAAAGACAAAGCUCGUCAAAUUUUAAAAAUUCUGCCUGGUCCAAGCAAGAAAGCGUCGAAGAGGAAAUAGCAGAUUUCCCUACCGGUGACAAACAACAACUCGUCCUUUAUCAGCUUUCAAAGUUUUUCUCUGUACAUUGUUGACUUGAUUCACCAAAAAAGGUUCAUUUUUGUCUUUAAGUUAGAACUAGCUUAAGCUAAGGUUACUCGUAAAUGAAUAUUCCUUGAUCAUCUUGUGGUUUCUGUGAUUGAAGGGACGAAGGUGACAACACCUAUCUAAUUGCGCCAGAAGUCAGAUAUUUUGCUUGUAACCAAUCAGUGUUCAGCUUGGUGGGCUCUUUUGUUGUUCGACCAAUCAGACAAAAGUCCAGAUUCUGGACUACAGGCAGACGACAUGGAAAGUAAUUAAUGUAUCAGGCAUUUUUUUCCUCUCCCCUCCAAAACAAAAAGUGAAGAAGGACCGCCUGAUCGCUGGUUACCAAUGCUCUUAUAACCAGGACUUUCCAGAAAUGGGCCCAACUGCAAGCUUUGUCAGUAAUUAUUUAAUGCGUUGAUGCAUUCAUGGCUAUUUUUUUGCAGGGUUUGAUUCCUGGGAAGAAUUAUUCAUACCGUGUUCAGAGUGGAAGUAACAUCAGUGAAGGAUAUGAAUUCACAGCUAAAAGAGACAAUGAGGUCAGUUGCUCAAUUAAUUAAAAUUCUUAAGUAGGUGUGCAUGUGAUUGCAUGUUCCCUGAGCAUGGGGAUUUUAUUACAUGUAUGACCACGUAAAUCAUGAGACAAUAAUUGUUUUUCCUUAGUCCCCUCACUCUUGUCCAUACAUUCCAUAUGUUUUACUUUCCAGUUAGGAGAAGUCUUUUUUGUGCUUGCUGAUUGUUUCCUUCAUUCUCAUUAUUAAGAAAAGAUGGAGUGAAAUGCACCCAUUCACAUUUUAAGUCAAUAGACAAUAAAAUAGACAAUAAAAAGUAAAAAAUCUCAUUGUGUAGUUUCAGAAAAUAUCCAUAUUCCCCCACAGAAGGGAUUGGAAUUUCCUUGGGGGUGGGGGGUUAUCAAAGGCCCAAAAAUUUAAGUGAGUGUAUGAAGCUUGACUGGAAUUUCCAGAGGGGUGGGUGGUCUAAGGAAAAAUCCCUUCCAUGGGGGAGGUAUGGAUAGUUUUUGGAACCACACAUUGUUCCUAUCUAAAAUGACACUAAAAGUAAAUGUUCCUAAAACUGCAAAUAUUUCCACACUUCCCUUCAUUCUCAUAAUAAAUUGAGAAAAGAGGGAUUAAAAUGCACAAGUACACAUUUUGAGUCUUCACAGUCAAUAACAUCACUGCAGCUCAACUGACAGAUAACCAAUAACAUUGUGACUUAGUUGACCAAUCAGGUCAAUAGCCAAAGUUAAAUGCCAUAACAACUGGUGAGAAACAACUCACUACUGAUAAUUGAAUAAUGAUGGUAAAUUUUAAGCUCAGUGAAGAAAUGAGAAAUGAUGUGAUCAACAUGUCAUGACCACAGGACAAAGAAAAAAUCUGAGUCACCAAAAGGAAUUGAACCUAUGACCUUCCCUACACCAGUCAGAUGCUCUAACCACUGAGCUAUGAAGGACUCUUGGCAAGCUGGUCAUGUAUGACAUGCAUCCUGCAUACUGCUAGGAUCAGCAAUGUGUAGUUCUAGAAAAUAUCCAUACCCCCACCCCCACCCCCCACAGGGGGAGGUAAUUUCUGAGGGAGUGGGGGGUGGCUUUUUGAGGUGUUUUACGGGGGCUCAGGGUAAGAUUGGUGAGUUAUUAAAAUGAAACAGCUAGCUGCCCCGUUGAGCAAGCUGUCAGUUAUUUCUGAUGAUCUUUUAUGUAUGGACGACUGAAUGUGUUUUUCACGUCUUAUGUGAUAGGAUAUGUAAAUAUGCAAGUGUCAUCGCCUCCACAUUAAUGUUCUUAGUGACUACCCUUAAUUGAAAAUUGAGAUUAUUAGACACCUCAUUAACAUGAAUAAAAUGUUUUUUCUCUGCUGUUUUAUCACAUAAACAAUUAUCUUUGGCAUAAUAGUAUAGUGCAACAGUACUUUUGUCUGAAAUAUUCCUGCCAGGGGGGUCUCAACCAAGUAGGAAAGUUUCUGAAAUUCCAGGGGGGGGUGGAAGGGGGUGUGACAAUCACUCCCUAGAAUGGAAGUUCUAGGGGGUGGGGGGUCAAAGGUAAAAUGGAACUACACAAUGUUGAAGUCAUCAUGUGUGUGAUAAAUAAAGAGUGAUAGUAAUUAAUAAAUAAAAUAAUAAUAAAUUGAUUUUUGGAGCCUUGGCCAUCAUUUAUUAUUGUUUAAUUUGGGGAAGAAAUAUUUCAGCAUGCUCCCAGUGCAGGGAACUUUUGUAAGGCUGAAAGCAAGUGAAUCCUAGCCUUUCGCCACAUGAAGUUUUUGUAAAAACAGUUUUGUUAACAAAUUUACACUUGUAAAAUUUUUACAUUUGUAAAGAAAAAAUCUCAUGGUGCUAUUAUAGUAAUGCAUUAGUCAAUUCCACCUGCCCCCAUUUGUCUGUAAGAAAGUCCCGGGAAAAUUACAGACAAAUAUAUGGAAAAUCUAAAGCAAGCCUCUGGAGAAAUUUAAGCACAGGUACGUCGUCAAAAUUUUUUAGGACAAUCCUUUGCAUUGUAGCUUUAGUUUACAAUUGAUAUUUUUUCAGAACAGCGGUUUUACGGAAAUUCUCCGACAUUAGAUUCUCAUACAAACAAUGCAAUUUCUCACGCGUUUGCCAAAUCGUCAAGAUGGCGUCUAUAACCGUGACAAGGUCUAUUAACCCAUUCGCCCCUGAACCGCCCGUAACCGCCCGUGCGGAUCCAGGUCCUUUCUACCCUUUGUGACGUCAUCAGUUUUAAUGGUCAAGGACAACUUUCUUCGCUAACUUGUGCAGGGUGAAGAGAUCUUUCAAACCAUACCAGAAUGAGCACAAUUCAGUCAAGGACACCGGAGAAAGAAGCAAAAAACCACGUGACAAGGACCUGAAAAUCUCCAUGAAAAUCUUGUUCCAUUACCCACCUACCUUUCCUUUCACCUAAUCCUAAGAUCCUAAAAGCUUUCCUAAAAACUCUUCCCACCAAAAUGAAGCCUACUAAAUGCCCAGCAAGAGAAAAAAAAAAUGAGGCAAGAAAAGCGAAAAAAGAAGGGAGGAGAGAAAGCGGAAAGUAAAAGUCAAGACUGCUCUGUCACUUUUAAACCCAAAAACUAUGUCCAAAUUUUGCUUUCUGCGGAUGCCCGAACUUCGUAAGCUGAUAUUUUGCAUCUGGAUCAGAAGGCCGCCAAGUGUACGACCUGUAAACCGGUUUGUGGUAAGUUUUAGCUCUUUAUAGCAGGACAGUGACCAGAAAACCACUCGACUAGCUUCAAAACGCGUUUUUCGGCAAAAUCUCCAGGAGCGAAUGGGUUAAGCAGAGUACCAAGCUUUUUGAAAAAAAUCCACUUUUCAGCAUAAAACAACCAAAUCUGUCUAUUUCAUGUAAAAUCAGGUGAAAAAGUUGGUAAAAGGCCAUUUUUAGGUUUUUUGAUUAAUAGACCGUUGUAAAGUUAUAUGACUUAUAUGUUAUGAAUAGUUUUAUAAAUAUGAAAGGAUGUUCUUCAAAUAAUAUCAACAGAAAUUUGAUUCAAUAACCAAAAAACGGCAAUUCUGGCUCGAUAAGCAAUGUAGAAAUGCGUGCAUAAAAUCGAGAACAUGCCUUUACAACCCUCUUCAAUCUAUUCCUGUCCUUGACAGAUGAGCCAAUCUGCUUUUUUCCCAGUAAAACCUUCUGUGUAGUUAUAUUCUGACAGGAAACCGCGUGUCAAAAGCUCGGGAAUGGCCCUGGGGUGGGCAAAUGCCCCCCCCCCCCACCCCCCCGGGCAGUGCAAAAUGUGCAAAUGCCCGACCCCAGGACUGACAAGGCGGGCAAAUGCUCCGCAGUACCCCGGGGGUGGGUUGCUGGGCACAGGUGGAAUAGCACGAUGACGAUAUUUGACUACAACUACCAGAAUUCAUUUCGGUUUUGCUUUGUUAUUUAAAUUUGUCAAUCCCGCUGAGGAUUAAAGAACAAUGGCCUUAAUUUGCACAAGAAAACAACAAACUCAAGGAUUCUGUUAGUUGUAGUAAAAUGACGUCAUCGUGCAAUUGUCCUAUUGACUGAUGCAUAAGUUAUAGAUACAUCUUUGCGCUACCGUACUGUUUUUAUGGGCCACACCUCUUUUGUGAGGGGAGAGUUUACAGAGGCGAUGCGCUUUGCGUUAAUUGUAGCGCAGAAUUAUUUAAUAGGAAAACAUGAUUUUUAAAAUUUUUGCACCGAAGGGUAAAGGUUGAUGAUCUGCCAACUACGUUGACAAUGUCAGCCAACGUCCUUGCGAAUCGAGUCGAAGACCGCACUCUAUAAAAUAAUGAGUUACAACUACCGAAAUCGCUAGUGAGUUACGACAGAGGCAAUAGAGGCGGAUUUUGAGAUUUAAAGUUUUGCCAUUGAGGCCCGCCGAGUAAUACAAACAUCAUGAACGUUUAAGGUAACCUUCUUGAAUCGCCCUUUUUAGCAGAAAAGAUUCUUGACCGAUUUCUAUGAUUUGUAGCUCCGUUAACGAAGAAUGGUGGAUCUCUAAAUGAACAAAAUUUCUCAUCGGUGUUUGACCUUGAUACCCUCUGCGCACUCUUUCAUCAGCUGUUUAUGGCGCAAUCCACCAUAUAUCUAAGUAGUUGCUACGGUGCGCCGGUGUCAGCUUAAAAAAUUACCGCAAAAGUGGCAGAGUCGAGAUUUUCAAAGUGUCCCUUACUAAAACACUUUUGCCAAGAAAAAAAAGAGGUGAAAAAUAUGGAAAUCAUCAUAAAUCAUACCGUAAUAGAAUUCUGCGCGCGCUAAUUUUAAAAUAGGAGGAGACUAUGCGUUGACAACUGAUCAAAUAUUUUCGCGAGAAUCAAAGCAGUGUUUCUUGAUCUUUUCUUUCUACAAGCCUUUAUUUUAUUUUAUGUUAUUUUAUUUUUGCUUUGAAGAGUUUAUUAUUUUCAGAAAAAAUAUCAUUUAGUCUCACUAUCGUUUUCAUGACUUUCGAUGAUAAACAUUUUUUCUACGAUGCUUACAUCACUUAUUACAUGUAAAUCGAUCAAAUGAACAAAACAGGAAAGAAGGAAAGAAAUGCCAAGAAACUGUAGGCACUUAGAAGAGUCGUCGUCAAGGCGAGUGUUUCGAAAACGUUAACAAGUGUUGUGAAGAUCUGGAAAUUGAGUGGGAGUUUAAAUUUGAUACAAACCUUGCCUCAGGCAGCGACUGAUUUCAAAAAAAUUGCAACUUUUUGUUGUUGAGUUGAACGUUGCGUACUAAAAGCAGGAAAUGUCAAGGUCUUGCCGCGAAGAAAAUUUACAAGUGGUGUAGUAGAUUUCUUCUGCAUUUCGUACUUGAUUUCAAGGAAAAGGAAUCAGAUGUGAAACUGAUUUGAGAUGCAGGUUUUCAACUUCUUUUGUUGAAACGUAGUUUCCAUCCCAGUUUUUCUUGGUUAUUUUUUUUUUCAUCAGUAUGUGUUUGAUUAUAUCGCAUUUAUUUCUGCUUGAUAAAGUGAGUUCGUCUCAAUAUGAAAUAUUUUUUUUGGUGUUUUGUUGUUGUUGUUUGUAAUAACUUUUACAAAUGUUUGUCACUUUUUAACACGAGUUGCGCACGUGAACAGGCGGUAUUGUCCAAUCACGUUCGACUUCUCUUUGUUUGUUUGUCAUUUAUGGGUUUAUAGAGGGCGCGCCUCUUGAGAAAAACAACAGUCUACUUGUUUCUUGGCUAAAACGUGGUGCAGCGCAGAAAAAUGGAGAAAUCUUCUUUUGCGAAACUUAUUGACAUCAGGAAGGAGCGCAAGCCGUCCUGCACUCUUUGUAGCAAUCAUGGAAUACGUUCAAGCCUCAAAGGACACAAGCAUAAUUGUCCUUUCUUGCGCUGUCAUUGUGAGCGAUGUGUCAAGGGACGUCUUAAAAGGGACAUCAUGAAACAGCAAGUUCGUCUUCGAAGAAAACAGAUGAAGGACAUUGUAAACCAUCCUUACUGUGGAACUCCUGUAGAAUCACUAGGUAAAUUUCAAAGCUUUAAUUUCGCUGUUCUUUUUUGUUGUUGUUCUUUUGUAACGAACGUAGUUUUCUUAUUUGCUAAUUUUUGUUUUUUGUUUCUUUCGUUUUUCCUGUUUUGGCAAAAAAGAAAAACAUUGUUAAGUUUACAAGAACUUGUCCUCUUUACAACAGCAGAGGUUCCAAACUGACGAAAUUUCUAUUAAGCUGAUUUAUUUUUAUACCUUAAUUAACGGUGCUAUUUUUAGCGUGCUUAAUAAUUUUAAAACAGCGCUUUAGUUUUUUAACUCGCAGAAAAAGCAACAUAGUGUUUUACCGUAAUUUCUGUUUACUGCUCAAUGUAUUUUUUUUUAGUGGUGUUUCAAGUCUCUUGUUCACUUAAGUUAACAUUUUCGUUUGCAUGUUUUUGCAGUAAACAUAUCUUCGUCGGUUGUGAAAAACGAAUCUUCGUUGAAAGAAAACAGCAGCGUCCUAGACGAGAUCCACGAGGCAUUCCCCAAACUUGGUGGUCGCUUAGUGCAAAGCGUUUCCAACAUUCUGCAAUCUCCGUUUAACGUCCCAAGACAGCAGUCGUACAACUGUAGUGCGUAUCUUCCGACACCCUUUCAGUUGUGGACCAUGUGCGAUGGGCAAGUUUGUCGCUACAACAGCUGGCCCGAGCAAGGCAUUCCUUCUUGUCCCGUGGAACCUCUAUCCUGUUCAGGAUUUUCCAUCUCCGAUAACAGUGCAUUUGUGAAGUACCGCAGUCUGCCUCCGAUAGCGGACAACAGCUCUUUCAGGUCUGGCCAUUCGUCCGAAGAAGUUGCUGCUGUUUUAGCGUCGUUUGGAAGUCCGGAGCAGAGAAUAACAACUUGUUAAAAAAAGAAAACUUUUCAUGCCACUUGGACAAAAACAGGCUCUGUUUUGGUUUCUUAUAUUGCAAGUAUUGAAUAUUCCCGAAGAGACCAAUAUAAAAACUUUGUUAUUAAGAAAGUCUUUUAAAUAUAUUUCAUACUGGUUGUUCAAACAGCAGACUAUAGUUUUGUUUGGUAAACAAAACGGAUAAAUUUUCUUCACGAGGAUUACUGAUUUACGAAGAGAAAAAGAAGAAAGUGUCUUGUUUUUACGCGAUUUAGAUGUAGUCUUAUUGUUUGUCCUUAAUUGUUUCAAUAAAAACUAAUUGCUUUAUUAAAGAUGUUAACAAUCUCAUCGAUGAGGAAGUAAAUAACUAAAUGUCUUGUUCUUAUUAUAAUAGUUAAUAAGCUUACAUUUCUAGCUCCAAAAAAUACUUGAACAAAACUUUAAAAAAAGCAAAUAAUUUCUUGUUAUCACAGCUCUUUCAGUAUAACAGUUUUGCUAAUGAGCGGAUAAAAGUCCCCGGAAUUUUCAUCUGAAAGAGUAGACUGUCUGCAAAUGGUUUUGUUUGUCAUUUAAAAUUCGUAGGUGACGCGAGGGGUGGAGGGUGGGUGUGACUGGUAUAACUUGGUAACAGGUUUGUGUGUUGGGGGAAGGAGUUAGGGAUGGAUCUCAGCCGUGCAACUCAUAUCAAUAUAUUUUUUAAAAAAUAGUUUUAAUCCGAAUUAGCUGAACGUGAAAACUUGCACAUCUCAUAAAGGCAAACUACUGCUCGAUGACAAGAAAAGCAAAAACGUAGUUACCUUGGGACGUUCCAUUUUCUGUCCUCACCCCCGCCCUUAAGAUUGCUGGAAUCCAAACCCUCAAUAUUUCGUCGGCGCUUUCUGGAGAAAUUAAAUCCGAAAGGUUUACGUUUUGUCAGCACUUUUGAGAAAUUUGUUGGAAAGGUCCAAAUUUUGUCGGCUUCUACAGAGAAAAACUCCGAACCCGCUAUUCAAAUACUCAUCGUCUGGGGCGGGGGAAGUGCGAAAUGGCGUGUCCCCAGUUCAACAAGAUCUUUCAGUCUAACGAGACUGACCAGUUGCAAAUAAAGUCCCAUGGCAAAUGCUUUCGAGAGAGCCUUUUUGAAAGCAAUGUUCCAAUUUUUCUGCUUAGGAUUGGUCGCCUCAGUUCCUGGUUUAUGGAGACAUGGGUCGUAUUGACGGAGCGCCCAGUCUUCAACGGCUGAUACAGGAGGCCCAGUCUGGACAUAACACGGCCAUUUUACAUGUUGGGGAUUUCGCGUAUGACCUUCAAACUAAUGGGGGACUGGUGAGUGUGUUUUAACUUGUCUUUAAUGAAGGAUUUGUUCCCUUGAGAACAAAGUGUUAGUGACAGUGUGACAGUGUUGCACUAAACGAGUUUGAAGUUCGAGACCAAGGGCCGGUUAUUAAAACAAAAUUGACACGGGUAAACACGUUUAUUCGCAACAUUCUGUCAAUUAAUUUUUUUUAUGGUUUCAAUGGGAAAUGGCAGUUGAGACAUUUGUGGAUGUGUACCUACCCCUACUUCAACUGGAGGCAAAAAGUCGGCACCCAGUCUUCGCCUCGUUUUCAGUUUGGCCGGCGCAAGCCGGGAAUGCUGUAGUUGUUUGUUAUUAGUAUUAGAGACUUUAAGCUUCACGUAUACGACAAACGACAAGCGUCAGGUAAGAAUUUCUUAAAAUAGAAAAUAAGCAGAUAAAACAGCUCAAAACAUUUCUUCCGGAUAAAAAAUUGCAUGAAACUACUAAGUUAUGUGUAGAAAGAAUGAACCGUAUUAACAACGAGAAGUAAAUAGGUCUUGGUCUCGUGGUACAAAUUCACGUUUACCGUUUGACGUAAUAGGUUUCUGUAGUUUUGCAGAUAAAAUAAUGGUAACACUAUAACUUUACAAAACGAAAAGGACUGGUUUGUUUGCUACUGUGCGUCCUGUGCUUUUCUUCUUUAGAAUAGUUGAUUUGGCGCCCAUAAAGUCGAGAAACGGGUCCCACCUCCCAAGGUCAGGCUUAAAGUUCAGGGUCGCUUUGUGAUUUUGAACUUUUCCCCAGACGCCAAGAUGAUGCCGUGAACAAGAAAGACCAUUAAGCCGUCGAAAAUUUUGGAGAAAAUAAAUUCGAUUUUCCUUUCGCUGUUGCGAGAAAAAAAUCUUUUUAAUUAGAGUUUAGGCGUUGUUUAACAAAACCGCGUUCAAAGCCAUUUUAAAUUUAUCUGACGCUCACAGAUUGAUCAUUUUUUUGCUGUUUAGUAACAGCGUCCUUAGGGCCUGCACCCCCAGACUGUAGCCUGGCAGAGAGCCCCUCUUCCCGAUUUUCUUGUUUGUUUGUUUUUUUUUUCCUUUGUUUUGUCUAGGGGAAGGGGCGGCUUUACUCAGGCUACACAAACUAGCGAGCUCUUUAUAUACUUAAUAAACAGAUCUUUACCUACUGAGUCUUUUAAACUUUUGUCUUUUACUAAUCAGGCUUUAAAUAAUCACCCCCAAGUGUUUUUCCGUUAGACGCGGGGCAUAAAUCGCAAGAAAAAAUACGAGGUUCCGUAACUUGCGUCACUAAAGAAACGAAGUUAGUUAUAUGUUCAUCAUGCGUUUGAAUCGCUUUAGUAGUAUACAGUAGUAAACCGCCCACAAAACAACCUCGUUCCCAGGCUCCUCUCCUACCCGUCCCUUGGAGCGAGAGAGAGUGGACGAGUAGGAGAGGACCCUGGGAACGAGUUUGCACACGUCAAUAGCAGAAGCCCCGGUUUCUUCUCCAGUGUUCGCAGCCCUGCUGAAAAAGCCUUCGAACGCGAGCUUUUGCACUGUACAAGUCCUUGCAGCAAUCAGUUACCUCGGGGAGUACGCAGUCUAAUUUUCUUGAAAAUCUAGUGAGAGGAGCCCACGCACGCGUGAAAGUCGAGAGACUCGAGAAGCGAGCGCGGCAGCCCGAGAAGAAAAAAGAAGAAAUUGCUUUCACAGCCAGAGUAAAUGAAAUAUGCGUUGUCCUCACGACGCAAAAAUACGAUCGGCUAAUGCUUAUUGUUACUAUUAUUAUUAUUAUUGUUGUUGUUUUUGUCGCGCCUGUCACGCUUUCAGUUGGGUGGGCAGGUGUCCCAGGCGUCUUCCUCGACGGCCUUAAAAAAUGGAGUCUUGUCUAGCAGUCUAGUUACCCCUGAAUCCCUGAAUAAGUCGUCGUUGCAGAUGUAACGCCAGUUUAUACUGCAAUGAUUGCGAUGAUUAGGGUAAAUUCCCCUUUUGAUAACUAUUCCUCAGGUUCUCAGAAGUUAUGGGGAUAAAUGACUUGAUGGAACCGAGAAAAACAUUUGCCGUGAUAUUGGGGAUUUUAAACAUUUUAUAACUAAGAUGAAUUCCUUGUUUUUUGUUGGUAGAACGGUGAUGCGUUCAUGAACAGGAUUCAAGACAUGGCUGCGAUUGUUCCUUACAUGACCUGCGUCGGAAAUCACGGUAAGCUGAACCAGACAAAUAUAGCGUAUUGUAUCACUCUUUCUCUCUCUCUCUCUGAUUUCCAGCCUCUCUCCAGUUCCCUUCUCGGCUAGUUCCCUCAAUCGAGUCCUGCCAAGCCUCGACUCGACAUACUGAAGAGGGAAUGCUAGCAGCGUACUAUCUUCGCCACUGUCUUUCUUUCAGUGUUCGCUUCCUGGAUUUUUCUUCCUGCUUAUUCUUUGCCACACUAUUAAUUUAAUUGACGUGUGCAUUAAGCUUGUUAGAUAACGUCUUGACUUUACGUUGCGUUAUUUUUCUCACUUAUUUGUGUUGUCUGUGACUGUGCUCACAUGGUGGGUGGCUGCUCCUAAAAUGCUCUGCAAUUGGUACAGGAUUUAAUUGAGCCGAAACCAGGUGUGGAAUUGCACACAUUUUAGGCAUCCUACUGAUGAACUGUUACCACACGUAGAUAUAUUUUUAGCAACUACUAUAAUUUGCAGGCCGUCCACAUUGAAUUUUUCCGAAAUAACUGAGCCGCUGAUCAGUCUCAUAUUGCGGGCGCCUGUAAAGGCCGCCAAUUUCGAAGAUGAUGGUAUAACGUGCGCAUAACUGUUUAUAUUUAAACACUUGGGGAGUUUGCCAGACAUGAGUUCACAAAUCUUUGAUUGGAAACAAUUUGCCAGACACUCUUUCUCCCCUUUGGGGGAAUAAGACUCAGUCCACAAACAAGCAAGACGAGUGCCCGAACCAACUGCUAGCUUAUCACUAGCAGAACGAUGGACGAUUACCGAAAUUCGCCGACAGUCAAAUUCUGUGCUGACUUAUUCCCUGCUGACAGAUGUCCUCCUAUAAAGUUUACAAAAGGAUUAGAACUCGCGAACCUUUUAAUUUCUAAGGGUUACCUUCCGGUAAAUAUUAUGAACUGUAUGUAAAUCGUUGGCCUGCAUAACAGGCGCUUUAUAAGCCAGGCGAGGCGAACGCGGCAUUUUGCGCGAAACGAGUGCGAAGGGCGAGACGAGGGGAGGAGAAAAAUAUAGCAAAGUGAAAGAGAAAUAGCGAAAUAUUGCAACUUCUAAUUAAAUCUUUUCUUACGGUUGAGAAUAAGAUAUUCUCGAAACUGAGAAUGUCUUCAGAUCAAAGCUGUGUAAAUCGAACUGAAACAGUGCAUGCAACCUUGCGCUUCCUGUUUUUACUCUCACUUAUUGUAUGGAACAUGUGUGAAAAUCUUCAUUAUGAAUCGGUAUAUUUCAAAGAGCUAUACAACGACCAAGAAUACUAUUGACCGACAAUAUACAGAGCGGGGGCAGCUGUACUGUCAACUAUUACUAGUAUAAUUAAUAGUAGGCGAUCCCGCAGACAUCAGACACGUACAAUCAAAUAAAUAAUCUUAAGCAAACCAAGAGUAAGUACUUUUCGAAUAUUUUCCAAAGCGAUACCACUGUAACUUGCUUGCUGUCCUUUUUAAUUGUUUCUGCUUGCAGAGAUUGCCUUCAACUUCAGUCACUAUCGCUAUAGAUUCUCCAUGCCUCAACUAGAAUGGCCUACUACAGUUGAUAGAAUGUGGUACAGCUUCGACAUCGCAAAGGUCCACUUCAUCAGGUAAACAGUAAAUACAUUGCUAUAUUAAAGUAAAAACUUCUACCCUUAAUGAACAUAAACACAUUUUAAUGCCCUCACCAUGGGUGAGGUCAUUAUUUCCUGCUCGUAAAACUUUGAAGAGUUUAAGGGCUUGUUGUAUUAGGAUCCUGUAUGGUUUCUUGAAUUGGUUACAUUUUUAAACUGUCGAAGCACCGCAGCACCACAACUACCGUAAAUCCUCUAUUAAGCCCCCCCCCCCGGGGGGGAGCUUUUUUAUUUUCAAGCCCAUUUGAGAGGAGGGGGGCUUAUUUAUUUUAGAAAAGACGAUGGUAUCAGUCAGCGGCGGAUCCAGACCUUUAGAUAAUGGGGGGCCCGGUCAUCGAGACCCUGAGAUAAAGUGGGGGGGGCGGUCUCAAAAAAAUUUUUUUCGGCUCUUUGGGCCUCAGUUUGGUCUAAAAAUAAGAGCCCCCCCCCCCCGGGCCCCUCACCUGGAUCCGACACUGUCAGUUCUCCAUAAAGAACUAGAAUACGAAGUGGAAAAGCUCAAAUACAAGAAGUUUUAGGUCCUGCAGCCAAAGAUCAGAAUUAAUUCCGAACUUCCAGUUGGUAAAUAGACCAUCCCGGAUCAGUCCACAGGAAGUUAUACAGUCGUGAUUGAUUAAUACAGUCUAUCAUUUAUUAUCAAAGAAUAAUUAGGGGAGGGGAGGGGGGGUUAUUAACUUUCUUCCCCUGAAAAGGGAGGGGCUUAUUAGAGGGGGGGCUUAAAAGAGGAUUUACGGUAACUCAAACCUGAUUUUAAAUGUUGAAAUAAUGAGUAGCGCGCUUACCUGUCGACAGGUGCGCUCGUUAAGAGUCGUCGAAUCAACGGUACUGACAACCACGAUUCAACCCGAAAAAAAUGUCCGAACGUUUUCUGUUCGGAACUUCAACUAAAUCAACCAAAAUUGAUGUCGGUUUAAGUGGUUAAUUUCAUGAAUUUAACACAAUCUAGUAAGAGUGAGGCCCCAUAAUGACAAGUGACAACAGUUACUUUUUAUGUGCACGAGUCCUGCACCAGGCCCGAGUUUUUGCGAUGCUUUAAACGGUAUAUAUGUUGUAGGUAAAGCCUGUUCACGGCUUAAACCAGUAUUCAACGCAGUUUGAUCAGAAUUUUCUUUGCUUCCUUGCCGCAAUUGUUCAUUUUAAUCAUAGGAUUUAAAGGUAGUUGUGGUUUAUCCUGGGAACAAAUUUUAUAUACAACAUAAUUAUACUCUGACAAAUAAAGAAUGAUGGUAAAUUUUAAGCUCUGUGAAGAAGUGAGAAAUGAUGUGAUCAACAUGUCACGAGCAUGAGACAAACAAAAACAUCUGAGUCCCCGAGAGGAAUGGAACCUAUGGCCUUCCGUACACUGGUCAGCGGUCAGAUGCUCUAACCACUGAGCUACGAAGGACUCAUGGGAAACUUGGCAGUUUCAAUUCCUGUAGGAGACUCAGAGUUUUUCUUUGUCCCGUGCUUGUGACAUGUUGAUCACAUCAUUUCUCAACGUAUACUCCGUUUUACAGCUGUUCAUUAAGAUAAAGCUGAGAAGUUGGAACUAAUUUUGUACUCAAGUUGCUUAAAUUUAUGUGCUUUCGUUAACUUAUUGCUCUUUUUCAAAACGUAAGUUGUCGCUGUUCGGCAAAGUAUUGAGGGAUUUUUCAGGGCUCUGUUCACAUGCGAUUAGGUAAAAAAAAGUAAACUUUUACUAACCUGACUUAAGACUUAAUUACAUCCCUUUCUUUUGUAGUUUUUCGACCGAAGUCUAUUUUACUAAUGGCGCAGUUGCGGAACAGGUAGAGUGGUUAACGAACGAUCUCAAGGAGGCAAACAAACCAGAGAACCGAGCUAAGAGGCCUUGGAUAAUCGCUUUUGGUCACCGGCCCAUGUACUGCUCCAAUAUUGAUCAUGAUGACUGCACCACUCUUCAUUCUGUUGUCAGAAAAAGGUGGGUUUCUUUUUUCCGAAAGCUGCAAGUACAAUAAUAUAGACAUCCACAACAAUAGCAGGUAAUCCGAUAGAGCUUGAAAACUCAUGAACAAAAGGUGUGAUGCGAUGCAACCACGUGAAGCGAUUCCAAGUAUCCUGAAAGCGUGCAAGUAUUUUGUGGUGAGAAAUCCUGCUCUGGAAACAUAACUAUAGUAUAUAGAAUAUUUUCGUACUCAGAGCAAAGAUUGUUUAAACCCAGAUAUUUCACGUUCAAAUGGUUUGAUGGACGAGUCAAAGGGAGUAGCAACCUCGUUCCCAGGGCGCUUUUCCCUGGCUUUGGCACUUAUGUCCAGGAUCGAUCUUGUUAGCAAAAAUUUGCUAGCAAAUUCCUUUCGCAAUUGUCGCAAAAGAAAUAAUUGAGAAAAAAAUUAUGUAAGAAAUCACUUAUAAAUAUCGCAGAAAUCGCAAAAAUAACAAAUCUAACAAGAAUCAAGACUUAGAAAAAAAAAGAAACCAAGAAGGACCCCGAAAUGUCCGCAAAUAUCGCAAAAGUAACAAGGAUUUUUCUCGCUAGCUGAAAACACCCGUGACAAACAUCGCAAAAAUCGCAAAAAUAACAAGUCUAAAAAGAAUCAAGACUUGGAAACAGAAGAAGCCAAGAAGGGCCCCAAAAUGUCCGCAAAUGUCGCAAAAAUCGUAAAAGAAACAAGGAUUUUUUUUUUGCUAGCUAAACACACCCGUGACAAAUAUCGCAAAAAUAAGAAAUCUAACAAGAAUCAAGACUUGGAAACAGAAGAAGCCAAGAAGGGCCCCGAAAUGUCCGCAAAUAUCGCAAAACUCGCAAAAGUAACAAGGUUUUUUUUGCUAGCUAAACACACCCGUGACAAAUAUCGCAAAAAUCGCAAAAAUAAGAAAUCUAACAAGAAUCAAAACUUGGAAACAGAAGAAGCCAAGAAGGGCCCCGAAAUGUCCGCAAAUAUCGCAAAACUCGCAAAAGUAACAAGGUUUUUUUUUGCUAGCUAAACACACCCGUGACAAAUAUCGCAAAAAUCGCAAAAAUAAGAAAUCUAACAAGAAUCAAGACUUGGAAACAGAAGAAGCCAAGAAGGGCCCCGAAAUGUCCGCAAAUAUCGCAAAACUCGCAAAAGUAACAACGUUUUUUUUUGCUAGCUAAAAACACCCGUGACAAAUAUCCCCAGGGAGGGUACUCGGGAUUUCAAGUGACAAGGAUGAUCGAAUGGAGCCAAAAGUCAAGACCCAAAAAAAUCCCUAGGACUUCCAGCAAAACCCUAAAAAAUCCCUGGACCAAAAAUUAACCCCCAAAAAAUCCCAUGCCGAUUUUGUGGCCCUUAAAAGUUCCAGAAAGGGGUAAUGCUAUAAUACAAAGAAAAACAUUGGAAAUUGAACACUCGUGUUUGUUUAUUCAUCAUACCAUCUGAAUAUAUCCUUUCCCUCAUCUGAUUCUUUUUAAUAGCCCCAAAAGAUCCCUACUCAAAUCAAGCUACCCAAGCCAAAUUUUCAUACCCAAAAAAAAUCCCGGAAUCGAAAAUUUCAAACCCACAAAAAUCCUUCGAUCAUCCCCGUCACUUGAAAUCCCGAGUACCCCCCCUGGGCAAAUAUCACAAAAAUCGCAAAAAUAAGAAAUCUAACAAGAAUCAAGACUUCGAAACAGAAGAAGCCAAGAAGGGCCCUGGAAUGUCCGCUAAUAUCGCAAAAAUACCAAAUGUAACUAAAUUCCAGACUUACAAAGACAAGAAGCCAAGAAGGGCCCCGAAAUGUCCGCAAAAAUCGCAAAAGUAACAAGAAUUUUUCAUGCUAGCUGAAAACACCUAUGACAAACAUCGCAAAUAUCGCAAAAAUAACAAAUGUAACAAAAUUCCAGACUUAGAAAAAAAAGGAAGCCAAGAAGGGCCCCGAAAUGUCCCCCAAAUAUCGCAAAAAUUGCAAAAGUAACAAGGAUUUUUCUUGCUAUGUGAAAAGAUUGAGCAACAAAUAUCGCAAAAAUAGCAAGAAUAACAAAUUUAACGAAAUACUUCACUUAGAAAGAGAAAAGGUCAAGAAGGGCUUGGAGAUGUCCGCAAAUUUCGCAAAAAUCGCAAAAGUAACAAGAAUUUUUCUUACUAUGUGAAAAGACUGAGCAACAAAUAUGGCAAAAAUUGCAAGAAUAACAAAUUUCGCAAAAUUCUACACUUGGAAAGAGGAAAGGUCAAGAAGGGCUUCGAGAUGUCCGCAAAUUUCGCAACAUUCUUGUCCAGUAAUUUUGUGAUGCUUUCCAUUUUUGCGAAAAUGAAAUCAUCAGUUACAAACGUGACACUAUUUAUAAUUACUGACAGUAGCAAAAUACUAUAAUAUCAAUCUGUGUAUGCUUCGUUCUUCCAUCAACAUACAGCUACAAUGAAUAGAAAGGAGUGUCGCUCACAGAAGGGGGCAAAUUAUCAGCAAUAAAAGGGGGUGGUUAACAAUCGUUCCAAAAUAUCAAGAAUAGCAGAUUGGGGGAAAAGUAAACGGAUCAUAAGAUUCGCGCAUUAUACAUGAAUGUUGUGGUGCAAUACCCAUAGUUUUUUAAACAGGGAUUGCCGAAAGUAACAAGAUAUUCGCGGACAUUUUGGACCCCUUGUUGGUUUCUUCUUUUUUCUAAGUCUAGAAUUUUGUUAAUUUUUUUAUUUUUGCGAUAUUUGACACGGGUGUUUUUUAGCACGCAAGAAAAAUCUUUGUUACUUUUGCGAUCUUUGCGAUAUUCGCGGACAUUUUGGACCCCUUAUUGCCUUCUUUUCUUUCUAAGUCUGGAAAUUUUUUAAAUUUGUUAUUUUUGCGAUAUUUGCGAUAUUUGUCAUGGGUGUUUUAAGCUAGCUAGAAAAAUCCUUGUUACUUUUGCCAUUUUGGCGAUAUUUGCGAACAUUUUGGACCCCUUCUUGGCUUCUUUGCUUUCUAAGUCAGGAAUUUUGUUACAUUUGUUAUUUUUACGAUUUUUGCGAUAUUUGUCACGGGUGUUUUUAGCUCGCAAGAAAAAUCCUUGUUACUUUUGCGAUUUUUUGCGAUAAUUGCGGACAUUUCGGGGCCCUUCUUGGUUUCUUCUUUUUCUAAGUCUAGAAUUUUGUUCAAUUUGUUAUUUUUGCGAUUUUUGCGAUAUUUGUCAUAGGUGUUUUUAGCUGGCAAGAAAAAUCCUUAUUAUAUUUGCGAUUUUUGCCGACAUUUCGUGGUCCUUCUUGGGUUCUUCUUUUUCUAAGUCUAGAAUUUUGUUAAAUUUGUUAUUUUCGCGAUUUUUGCCAUAUUUGUCAUAGGUGUUUUUAGCUAGCAAGAAAAAUCCUUGUUAUAUUUGCGAUUUUUGCGAUAUUUGCGGACAAUUCAGGGUCCUUCUUGGCUUCUUUUUUUCUAAGUCUUGAGUCUUGUUAGAUUUGUUAUUCUUGCGAUUUUUGCGAUAUUUGUUAGUGAUUUUCUGACAUAAUUUUUCUCAAUUAUUUCUUUUGCGACAAUUGCGAAAAACGUUUGCUAGCAAAUUUUUGCUAACAAGAUCGAUCCUGGACAUAUCUCGGCUUUGGAGGUGGAGGUGGGGAAAAGCGCCCUGGGGACGAGGUUCAGGGAGUAGGGAAUGGGACGAGAGAGACUUAUGCACGCUUUAAAAAUGCACGCCUCAUUGAUUGUAUUUACUACUCUCCCCAUUUUUCCUCUUCUUUUAAAAUCAAAUAUGGCGACCGUACAGACGAAAAUACUGAGCGCCCAAUUGUCCGAAAAAUGCUUCCGUACUACUAGUUCUAGCUGAGGGACAAAUGCCAUCAACGGAAGAUGUUUGGAAGUGUAUUUUGGCUACACUGUUCAAAUUUUCCUGUUUUCCGUAAGAUCGUGGAGAUCUAGCCUUUAUCGUUACGUUUGGCCAACUUGGUUUCAAAUGCACCGUGCAGCCAGGUCAAUGUAAGAUUCUGGGAACUUCCGGCCAUCUACCCCUCCCUCAUUCUUCUUCCAUCUUCCGCUAUCCUGGCCGAAGUAGUGUCUCUUAUCUACCUAGCGGGGGCGGGGUGGGGGACGGCUUCGGGUAAGGCAAGAAACGUGUCACAUUAUUACUAUUUUCACUCCUUCUAGCCUCGAACCGGUUUUUUUCCAGUAUGGUGUGGACAUCAUUAUACAAGCGCAUGAGCACUCAUACGAACGCCUCUGGCCAGUGUUUAAUGAUACAGUGACGGCUCAUAAUUACUCUAAUCCCAGAGCACCAGUCCACAUAAUCUCAGGCGCCGCCGGCUGCAACGAGUUUUAUGGGAUAUGCGUGAACCCAAUGCUGGGACCCAGAGGUGAGAACUUCCUUUAUAUGAAAUAAAAAUGCGAAUAAAACGGUAGCCAGUAAGAAUUCGGGUCAACGUCGGAUAUACUUUACGCCGUAAAAUGACAGUGUAUCUAGAGAAUACUUUGUGGGUACCCCUCUUGCAUAAUCGACAGAAAUGACUUUUCUAAAAAAAACAAAGAUCAGCGCAGUUAUAGACGUAACUUUUGCAGUUUCGAAAAGAAAGCCUGAUAAAAUUCUGGGUUGUACGGGAUUUGAACCCUUGACCUCUGCGAAGCCGGGGCAGCGCUCGACCAAUUGAGCUAACAGCCAACUGGGAGCUGUUCAGUGAGUUGGAUCGUUAUAAACCCUUGAGUUGGAAUCUCGCACCAGCCUGAUUUUUUCAAGCUUUCUUUUCGCAACUGCAGAAGUUGCGUCUGUAACUGCGACUAUCAAGGCUUCUUUCAUUUAACUCUUCACCACGUAGUUCCUACAUAUGAUUUUCAUAUUCAUUAUUUCAUCGUUAGAAAAGGCUAAUAUUUUUGACGUAAUAUAUCAAACAUGAGAUGCAGUGUUUCAUCACCAGACGAAACACCGAGAAGAGAGUUGAAAAUACGACGCGCAGCGGAGUAUUUUUGACGAACUUCGAGGUGUUUCAUCUGGUGAUGAAACACUGUGUCGAAUGUUUGAUAUUUCUUCUCAAACAAAAUCAUUUUUGAAGGAGAAAUUAAGGAUGCAAAUACUAAGCAGUGUUUCAUCCGAUUUCCAAACACUCAUUAAACAUUAAUUUCCUUUGUAUUUUCUUAAUGAAUUAUUAAUGAGUUUGAGAAUGUACCAUAAAGACUUGUUAUGCGGGCCCGUAGCAAGAAUAAAAUGACUGGGGGGGCUGAGCGAGUGCCCCACAUUAACCCCCCCUCCUGCUUCGGUCCCACGGUUAAAGCAUACUUGCCAGCUAUUCUUGUGGAUGGCUCCAAAUCAUUUUCAUUUCGGGGUUGUUCUUUGAUUCGGAUUGUUUCUUCGAUUACACCAGGCUCUGUGUCACUAGUGCAUGCUUUUACCCACGAUAAAAGUGUUCCUUGCUUAUUUUCGACUUGUUUGGGUUCUUGUUCGGAGGCUCUUGCGAAGACAUUGUAAGACUUUCAAUAUAAACGCGCAAAAACCUAAGUUUACUCUAGUACAGUAGUAUAUUUUACACUGGUGGACCUCUUGGGAAACCAAUAAAGUUCAAGAGGUCAAGUUCAGGGAUUGUCAUUGGUGCAUUUCGAUCCAUUUUGCUUCUGACUAUUUUGAUGCUUAAUAAGCAGAUACUUUAAAGCUGUUGGUUGUUUUUGGCAGAGCAAAAAUACGAUUUCGUUCAUUUACAUCAUUCCAAAUUGCACCGGAAGAACAACAGUACAUAACUUUACUAUGAUCGACAAUACUUUGAAACUUUAGCUUCCAUUGACAGCUGUCCGUUUUAGGAGAAAAAUUCCACUUUUGAAGGAGAAUUUAAUUCAAGUCUAAAACAUUUCUGGGGGGGGGCUCGAGACCCCUCCCCCUGCUACGGGCCUGUUAUGUCGCUAAAGGAAACCAAGCCUUACAUCGGUUCACACCAGUUUUCUGUCGCAAUGAUGGCUAUCAGCAGCUUCCGGCGUGGCUUCAAUACGGGGCUUACGCUCCUAAUCAUUUGUUGGUUUACUGCGCAACAGAGGAAAAGAAAGAGAUAACACAUUCUUACCAACCGCACUUCGAUUUUUCCUGACGGCAAAACGAGUCUCAUAGUUCUCUUCAUGUGAACGCGGCCAUUGUGCCGCCAAAUCAUGCGGUUUCAACGACGUGCAGCUAUUAGGGUAGCAGUAUAACACACGCUAAAACAGAACUAGCUUUCGAUUAUUCAUCGAGCCUUCUCUAAUCAAAUCCACAACAGUCUCUGAUCGUGUUUCUCAAUUCGCCGUGAUUAAACCUUACAAAGAGAUUGACGAUUUGGCCUUUGAUUUCCUUUCCUUUAUAUCUUGUCCUGUUUAAAACUUUUCUUUUCCUGUCGCGGCUCAUAGUUUUUGUUGACACCUGUUAAACAUCAACUCUUAACAUGGCUACCUCACAGAACGUCAGUUACUGUCAACAACAGUCCUAAUAAGGACUACACCCCCCCUUGCCAUCAUAUUCCAAUAGUUGACUUAUUCAUGACUGUUGUUGUGUUACCAUACGAAUAUGAGUAACCAUAUUAACUAAAGUGUUUGCCCUCUGAAGAUUUGGAACACGUUAGAAAGGCCCGCUUCGUGUUUCUGUUAGAUGCAAUGGUUGUUAUCCAUAGCAAUUAUAUAGAUUCGAUCAUUUAAGCAAAGAAUGAGCUUCCUCUGCAGUCUUCCUCCUGCUUGUAGCUUCGUCGUGAGUUCAGUUUUCUUCGUCAUGUUCCAAGAAAACCGCGAGCUUUGCAGGCUAACGCAGUUGUGAACGCAAAUUAUUUUACGGUAGAAGCGUGCACGAUUUACAGCUGGCGGAAAAAUAAUCAUAGCCCGGUAAUAAUGGCAGCACUUCAUGUUCGCGGAAAUCCACAGCAGAUUUUAGUUCUAUAAAGAGUUACUUUUGUCGUCAUUUCACGCCAGGUCCAUGGUCCGCAUUCAGAGAGUGGUUUCCAGGCAACGCGGGCUAUGGUAAGCUGAGGAUUGUGAACUCGACCCAUGUCUUCUGGGAACAAAUCAAAGCUUGGGAUGCGUCAGUGACAGACAGUAUUUGGAUUGUGCAGGAACACCACGGACCGUUUAAACCGCUGAAUGUAGAAUAUUAGAGAAUUAUCUUAGGUCGAACAGGACUUCUUCAUUUGGAUUACACAGGAACACCACGGACCGUAUAAACUGCUGAAUGUAAAGUAUUAGAGAAUUAUCUGAUCGCACAGGACUGCUUCAUUUGGAUUACACAGGCGCACCACGGACCGCAUAAACUGCUGAAUGUAAAGCAUUAGAGAAUUAUCUUAUAUCGCACAGGACAGCUUCAUUUGGAUUACACAGGCACACCACGGACCGUAUAAAGUAUUAAAGAAUUAUCUUAGAUCGCAGAGGACUGCUUUAUUUGGAUUACACAGGCGCACCACGGACCGCCUAAACUGCUGAAUGUAAAGUAUUAGAGAAUUAUCUUAGAUCGCACUGGACUUCUUCAUUUGGAUUACACAGGAACACCACGGACCGUAUAAACUGCUGAAUGUUAAGUAUUAGAGAAUUAUCUUAGAUCGCACAGGACUGCUUCAUUUAGAUUACACAGGCACACCACGGACCGUAUAAACUACUGAAUGUAAAGUAUUAGAGAAUUAUCUUAGAUCGCACAGGACUGCUUCAUUUGGAUUGCACAG